AUGCGGAAUCGAGGAGACAUAAAGUGGAUAUCCGGUGCUCAGACCGGAGCGAACUGCUGUCCUGCAUAUUCAUCCUUUGCUCAGCAGACAGACAUUUCAUCUACUCUACAAGUUACAGAGGUUGGGAAAGGCCAAUUAGUUUUUCCAAAUUCAUCUUUAGAAUUUCUUCCGGCUACUGGUCAUCCUUGUCGUACUAUUGUGGUUCAUCUAUCGAUCAAGUAUUCUGUUGAUCAUUUUCAAAACCCUAAACGUGCUUAUUACCACAAAUCUUGUAAAUCAUUCUCUAUAUUAAUAUUUGUACGAUACACUCUACUGCUUGUGAUUACCGUUUCUUAUAACCAUGUACGAACAACUAAACUUACAGCUGAACUCUGUCUCAAUCGUCAGAUUUUACUGUCAAUUAUUCGUAUUGAUAAAAAUCAUGUGAAUUCUAGAGCAUUAACUAAGGCUAUCCUGGUUUUUGCAUUCGAUCCAAUAGAUAAUGCUAGAUAUAUGCGUCCAUUGUUGUAUAAUCCUGGUAUACCUGUUCCUUCUUCAGAUCCAGAUGCUCCACAAUUUGUUUGA